CACGCGUUUUCGUCGAACAAUGGUAAACACUGUCCGGCCUACUGUCAGGCAGUGUGCCAAUGUCAUCGGCCUUAUAGAGGACAGCCGCUGUGACGACUCGACUGCAGUUUACGCCAUUUCUCCCAGCCAACACAAUAGAGCCGCAUCAAUAGUGCCAUAAUGAGCAUGCACAAAGGAAACACCGGCGCCCUGGCCAUUCGUCACCGAAACAGCGCUGUGCGGCUGUUUAGUGCACCGCCACUCCAUGAGAACAGGUCCAGAUGACUACCUCUUCAGUCGGCCAUUCGUCCAGUGCACCUCCGAGCUACAGCUCGUGCCGCAAUGUCUUCUGUCACGCUCUGAUCGCGUGCGAGCUUCGACGCAUCGCUAGUGACGCACGAUCGCUGGGAGGGCGGGUCGACGCGGCGGGUGGCCGCCGCUCCGACCUGACCCGGGCCGGCGUGCAAUGAAGCGCCCCCGCCACCCGGACAGGACGCUGGAGCGGUUCCUGGUCGAGGGUGGCGGCUGGAGCCUCGCCGGCGCCAUGUCUGGCGAGCAGGCGGGGAAGCUGCAGCGUAUCAGACGGCUGACGGAGCAGCCGGACCGCGGGACAGCAGAGAAGCCCGCCGGCGCCGCGACCGCCUGGUGGCUGCGAGUUCGAGCCGUCAUUGUCGCCGUGUUUGCGGUGCUGUUCCUCACACAGGUAUUCGUCAGCGUGACGAAGCUUCUGUACAAUAAUACGAUAUCGACGGUAAAGUGGAAGCCUUUCGAGCAAGGCUUUCCUCUCCCAGCCGUGACCAUCUGCUCGUACACAAACAUCAACUCAAAUCUGACACUGGACCAGUUUGUUUUGGAGUGUAAUGUGAUUACUGACACCUGUGAAGAGGCUAUGGGCAAGUACUUGGAGGUAACAACGGUGAACUUGGACACCAGGAGAUGCUUCACAUUCACCACAAGUCAAAAUGCUCCAUUGAAUGAAAAGGAUAACGGAAUAGCAAUGCGACUGGCGUUUCAGCCUGACGACAUAGUCAAAGACAAGGUGGAGGUCUACCUUCACGGAAAGGCUGAGGCUUACAACCCAUUCUUCGUCCUCGGCCUGGACCGCAACAUCGAGAUACCGCUUGGGAAGUCGAUCAAGCUGGAGCUGAUGGUGGAGAUGUCCAAAUACCUUAACGGCUACGGCCACAUGUGUCGGGAGGAGCCUGGGUACACCUAUGUGGGCUGCCUCCGCUUCUGCUUUGAGGAGAAACUAAUCGAGGCGGGACCACGCUGCAAGUUGGACUGGAUGAUUCCACAUCAUUCUGCACCGCUGUGUACUGAAGAAGAUACCGUGCUGAAUUUUAGCCGAGUGGUGGAAGAAAAGGGCCUCACGGUCUCACAAGACCAUCCCGAGUGCGAGGCCUCCUGUGACCAGGCAUGCGUCACAUACAACUAUCGCGGCGUCGAGUACUCCUCGCUCGUUCAAACCAAACUCGUCGAAAAUAAGGAGGCCAAGUUCAAAUUUCGAUUCCGUGACACAUACUACACGGCAAUCGAAGAAGUAAUAAAUUAUGACUUUUGGAGUAUGAUCGGUGAGGUUGGCGGCACGCUGGGCUUUCUGCUCGGCCUGUCCCUCCUCUCCAUCCUGGACCUGCUGGCUGACGGCGUGAAGUGGCUCAACAACUGGCGCAUUCGCCGCAAAGGCCUCGCCGCCCGACUGCUCGUCGUCAGGGCCAAGUUCUGAACCAAUAGUAUAAAACGCGCUCGCUAGAGUGCCGAGAGGGUGCAGAAAUCUACCGAUGGCCACCUCAGAUUUAAGUCAGUCACGUUUCCUUUUUGAAUUGCUCACCCAAUUAUGUUCUGCUUUCGAUAUCGCUUAAAUAAUAACUAAAGUAAAAUUCAGUUUGUUCAAAAUAGCUGGGAAGAUUUAAGGACAAUACUGUGCCUCGGAUAGUGUAGCUUACUGUUGAACUUCUUUGCUAGUAGUCAUGUUAGAUAUGCCUACCUUUUGAAGACUUUACAUUAAAUUAUUCCCGAAUUGGUGGUAAGAUCGUUCUUGUCACAGCCCAUGACAGUAUACAUAAGCCACAAUAAAUCCCAUUUAGUUGGAGAGUCCGUCUUGCUAAGUUGUCUCAACUGUUUGUCGUCAAGAAACAAACGUAUACUCGCUCCAUCACAUAUAUUCUUCACAAUAUUUGUGAAGAUUUUUUGAUCAUUUUCAAUGGCUGAUGAUCACAACACAUGGUACAAACAAAUGA